AUGGCGGGCGGUAGCGGGGCCCGGCGGGGCGCUGAGGGGACGGAGGGCCGUAGCAGGAGCUGCCGGGGCGCUGAGGCGAUGGCGGGCGGUAGCGGGGCCCGGCCCAGGGGCACAGCGGCGCCGGCCCGGUGCCUGUUCCGCAGCCUCAUGCGGACCCAGGGCCUGGAGGAUGUGAGUGGCGAUGGAGGGGUGCGCAAGCAGCAGCUGCGCCCCGGCUCCGGGCAGACCGUGCCCCCGGAUGCCUCCGUGGCAGUGAAGUUCUCUGGGUACCUGGAGCAGUCAGAUGAGCCUUUCUGCACAAACUGCAAGUCUCCUCGACUGGUAAAACUUGGCAAAGAGAUCACACUGCUGGGCCUGAAGGUUGGGCUGCUGACCAUGAAGAAGGAAGAGAUGGCAAUAUUCAUCUUCCUGCCAGAGUAUGCCUAUGGCUCCAUGGGCUGUCCUCCUCUCAUUCCCCCCAAUGCCACAGUCAUGUUUGAAGUGGAAUUGCUGGACUUCAUAGACUCCAAGGAAUCUGACACAUUCUUUCAGUUGUCUGCUGAGCAGCAGGAUACGUUCCCACUACAAAAGGUGCUGAAAGUGGCAGACACACAGAGAGAGUUUGGCAACUACUUCUACUGUAAGAAGCAAUUUGAGACUGCCAAAAGCAAAUACAAAAGGGCAUUGUCUGUCCUUCGCCGUGAGCCUUCUGAUGAGGCAGAGCAGUGUCAGCUCAAGGCUGCCAAGCUACCAGUGCUCCUCAAUCUCUCCAUGACUUACCUGAAGCUGAAAUGCCCUGCCCAAGCUUUGGCAUAUGGGGAGAAGGCCUUGGAGACUGACCAAAGCAAUGUCAAAGCUCUCUUCGUGUGUGGCCAGGCCUGUGUCUGCAUGGCAGAGUAUGAAAAAGCCCGGGAUUUCCUGGCCAGAGCUCAGCACAUCCAGCCAUUUAACCACAGCAUUAACAACGAGCUGAAAAAGUUGGCGUGCUGCUACAGGGACUCCUUGGAAAAGGAAAAGGAAAUGUGCUGCCGAAUGUUUGCUGCUCUCAGAUCUUCCUCUGACUGACCACAAACAGAGGGCUUUGCCAGCUGAUGAGAGGAGCAGUUCCUGGGCAAGAAGGAGACCUGUGCUCUGGUCACACAGAGACCUCAGCACUGCAUCUGUGUUUUGGGUGGAAGGAGCAAGAGCCCUGGCCUGGCCUGAGAAGGGGA